AUGCUGCUUAUUUGGGCUCGUGCCAACAACAACUGCCCCCUCUGGUCCCAAACAUCGGCCAGCUGCAACAAUCUUAUACUUUACUUCGGUGAAAAUACAUUCGCGCAACGCGCUCAGCCACUUGCUUUCACUUCGUCGUACAAGCUGCAAUCGUCCCAAUCGUCCGACAAUUCUAAUUCAUCAUCGCUUUCGUUUCAUAUCGUUAACUAGGAAGCUUUUUGCUUUCGUUCCUGACCUUGUUGAAAACUGCUGGGUGUCACAGCAGUUCUUGCAGUCGUCCCGUGGAGGUUUUCUUGUUCACUUUUGGUGCGCGUCCGCGUUGUGUGUUGUCAGGUCUUGUUGCUGGUCUACUCGUGCACGACUCGUAGUAGAACAACUUGAGCUUAUAAUUUUUCGUGCAGGGGAACCGGUUGAAGGAUAAUCCUAGGUGGCUCUUUCGGUGUGUAUUUUUGAAUUAAAAAAACUGUCCACCACGUCCAGUUUCUCGCAGGACCAUUAUUUCGAGAAAGCGUAUUAGACCUCAGGAGCAG